AUCUCUAACGGAGAGCAGGAGUAUCGCCCCGGCGGACAGUUGCGGCAGCCUUCUGGCUUGGAUAUUUUCAAUUUUUCUGGAUUUAGUCCCCCACAGAUAAAUUCCGGGAUGCCUUCAAAUGUACAAGGAGGGAAAGCCUUUGGACUGUUAAAGGAGCAGCAGCGGUCGAAAUUGGAAGAAAUAAACAAGGAAUACAUGGAAGACCAGAAAUACAGGGAUGAAGAGGACCUGCCGGAAAAAUUGGAAGGUCUUAAAAAUAAAUAUGCAGAGUUUGACCUGAAUGACCAAGAUGAGAUUGAUCUGAUGGGUCUGAAGCGGAUGAUGGAGAAGCUGGGCGUGCCCAAGACACACCUGGAGUUGAAAAAAAUGAUUGUCGAGGUGACGGGCGGCAGCAGCAACACCAUCAACUACAGGGACUUUGUCAAGAUGAUGCUGGGCAAGCGUUCAGCCGUGCUCAAACUAGUCUUGAUCUUUGAGGACAAAGCCAACGGCUCUCCCUGCAAACCAGACGGACCCCCUCCAAAGCGGGACAUUGCUAGCCUGCCUUAACCGUAGAUGUCAGCCUCAGGGCCGCUAGUGCAGCAGAGGGACCAUCGGUGGUUGCGUGAAAAAAGUCGUUCUCUUAACAUGUGGAGUGUUGUAUUAGUGUGGGACCAGUACUCGAGGAUGUUAUUUUGUGAUAUACGGUGUGCAAGGUGUUUGUUAUUUGGAAGGCUAAGCCCACAACUCACUAAAUGAUGUUUGACUGUGAAUAUUAUUAUUCAUUUUUCCUUUAAUUGAAAUGUAGCAUUGGUAGUUGUAAUCUGCUUGAUACAUGACAUUUUGUAGUAAGUGUUUCAUGGUUCAUCUACUCUAUUUUAAGGGAAGACUCCAGAAAUCAUCCAGAAGUUGUUUUUCCUGCUUUGAUUUGUUUUUGGGAUGCAUUGCUUUGAUGCACGUUUCAUUUUAAAUGAAGCGAGAGUAGGUUGCUUUUGGAGAAGCACAAGGAAAAGAAGCAGUUUUUUCUAACACAUUUUUGCACUGUCCUCAGUGGUCUUGGAUGGAUUCCUGCCAGACUAAUCUUGGUCAGCGUCUCGCUUUUAGAUCAGGUGCCAGAGAUUACAGGCCCAGCCCAUUUCCUCUGGGUCAAAGUCGUCAUCCCUCAGAGCCAGAAUACUGAUCUGGAAUCAGUAACUAGGUUAUCAUGGCCAACUCAUGAUCUGAAAACAUGUUUUUUGUAGAUGACUGUAUGCGUUUUUAACAUUCACUCACUAGUUGAGAGAAGAAUAGGAGAUCAUGUUGACCAUGGGACUUUCAGUUUCAGUAUGUGGGCUUGGAAAGCAGCAAAUCUGACUCUGUUUUUUACAUCUGUAAAGUUAAGCACAUGUUAAUUUUGGAAGGAGUGUGAUUUACAGGCACACAAGCGUAACAAAUGUACAUAAUAUACGACACACAGUACAAUCAUAUUCUUUCCAAGUGCCUCAACAUGCAGAUACUGUAGAGUGAGGGAGUGCACACAAGUGUUCAGUUUCAGCAGUCGCUUCAGCGUACUAAUUCCAGAAAACAGUGAAUUUGUUAUUUGGUGAGAUAGUUUUGAUGAUGUUUGUUGAAUUAUAUUGAUAUGGUGUUUCCACGACGUUCUGAGUGAUUGAAGUUCACAAGUGUGGGAUUUUUUAAAUGUAGUUUUCUCCUUUUCUUACCAUUACUUUUUUUAAAUGUCCCAGCAAGCGGUUUGUUGGGUGAUUUGACUGUCUAGGUUACCCUGUGCUUGUUUUGCAAUGCAUACAUGUGUUAUGUCAGUUUCUCUUUGAUUCAUUUCCCUCAUGUUUUUUAAAUCUGCUAACCUUCCCUCUCUGUUGAACUGGGUUCAUUGUCCUGUGAAUUCUGUAAUUUGUGCCUCAGUGUUCCUGUAACUCACGCUACUUACUGUGAAUUUGGUACUUGUAGUAUUCUUAACCCACUUAACGUGUUUUAAUCUAUUAUGUUAUUUUGUUUUCAGUCUGAUAGGUAUCUUCUCUUAUCUUUUAAUGUUAAGAUUCACAUUGCUUGCAGACACCAAAGGAAUUAAAAAUUCUUCUGACACUG